UCUCGUGGAUACCGAAUCCAAAUAUUGUCAACAUUGCGUACGUGACUGGAACAGCGUGUAGCACACUUCCGCGGUUUGGCAGACCGAUUUCUCACGGUGAUGUCCCUCAGCUUUGCACGUAGCACGCACGUUGACUUGACUUGUACUUCAAUAUGAAUGAUUAAUAUGAAGCAAUAUCGGGGCCUACGUGCAUAACGAUUGUUGUGUUAUAUUUCGGGAAUGGGCAAAGGAGCCGUUGGCCUAUCAAUAGCGUUUGUUUCCUGUAUGGCUUUUCUUGUACCGCCACUUCUGCAUGGCAGCAUCAGUUGUUCAGUCGAAACACCCAGCCAAAGACGGCGGCAGCAAACUGUGCGCUUACGACCUGUGCCGGCAGAUGGAAAAUCUGAAGGUCUGUGGCCGCUGCAGAGAAACAUGGUACUGUUGUAAGGACCAUCAGAAGCAACAUUGGAAAGUACAUAAAAAGUCGUGUAAUAUCAACCAGACCUCAUUACAGAAUGAUCGCAUGGAGAGUGAAGAUGUCAUCUUAAGUCAGCAAACUACUGCGCCUGCAGAAUCAAAUCCUAGACUCCAGUCUGAGGCCGAAAGCACCAAGGUCCAGGAGGACAUUGCCAAAUUCUCGGCUAAUAUUCAAAGGAAGCAGUCGUACACUCUAACGCCCUGCGACAACGAGGAGAAUUUUAACGCAGCUCUGGAAUCAGAGUUUGACCGCGGUAAAGAUUUUCAUCAGUCAAUUAAGCCAGUAGUUCAUUCCAGGGAAACGAGAAGUAAACAAGAGAACAUGCCGCCCAACCAACCUACGCCGGGAGUCAUAAACACUGCUCAUCCGAGGAGCAAGAAAAGUAACGCGCUGGUCAAGUAUGUCGUGGAGCACAUGCAAAAGUUUGGUAUAUGCGUCGUGGACAAAUUCCUCAAUCCGGAAAAUGGGGAUGCCAUAUUGGAAGAAGUGAAGGCCUUGCGAGAUGAGAAAGCAUUCCAUGAUGGCCAGUUGGUUUCAGAUUCCGCAUCCGCAAAGGACAUUCGUGGAGACAUGAUCACGUGGACAGACGGCAGUGAUCCAGGAACGAAAAACAUUGGCUUCCUCAUUUCUAGAAUUGACUCGAUCAUUCAUCAGUGCAAGGGGCAUCUUGAAGGGUUCAAAAAUAUCAGUGGUCGGACAGAGGCAAUGGUGGCUUGUUAUCCGGGUAAAGGAGCCCACUAUGUCAAGCAUGUUGACAACCCUAACAAGGACGGCCGGUGUGUCACUUGCAUCUAUUACCUCAACAAGGACUGGGAUUCCAAGACGAUGGGCGGCAGUCUGCAGCUCUAUCCUCGUGAACACGACAUGAUGGCAAGUGUCGACCCUAUCUUCAACAGAUUAAUCUUCUUCUGGUCGGAUCGGAGAAAUCCCCAUGAAGUUAUGCCAGCCUUCAACACGCGGUAUGCUGUCACCGUCUGGUACUUUGACGCUAUUGAGAGGAAGGCGGCCUUAACUUCAGCAGUCAGUUAAAGAAAUGGUUCUGAUGCAUCUGGCUACGUCAUUCUUUACAUCGUGGGACGACACCGUGUCGUCAGUCUCUCAACCGUUUCACCGAGGUUGGGCGUGUUCAUUUCUGACCAGAGAACUGGUUUUUGGAAAGCAGGGAGGUAGUCAUAAGAAGUUGGACCUCAUUAAGUCAUUCAACUAUGAGAACAUUCAAAGAGUGAUCCAAAGAUUGAUCCAAAUUGAAAAAAAUCCGCCCAAGAAUUAUUUAAAAUGUGGGAGUGGGAAAAGAAGGAUCGUGGCUUUACAACUAGAAGUCAUCUUUCUGCUUUGGAAAAGUUGGUGGUGCAUCUAAUGGAAGGCAGUCAUUCAAUUACAGUGUAUGUAUGGAAUUGUAUGUAAUUAAACUUCACAUCGACCUAAUGGCCUUAAAAUCAAUUACCUUAAAAGUAUAACCUGUGAUUCUGUACCUGUAUUGUAAGAAACCAUUCUGAUAAGAAUUUUCCAUAUAAGAAAGAACUUUGAAGAAUACCAUGCAUGGCAUGCAUAUUGACACAGCAGUGUCAUUUUGGAAGCAAUUACGCAGUUUAAAUGAGUAGUUACUUUGCUAUAAACAAAAUUUAUAAUCAAGUCAUAUGGCACGUCAAUUGCAAAGUCGCAUUUCAAGUCAUAACGCAAGUCUCAUUGUACAUGUAAGGCCGAAAAUCCUUGUGUCCGUCAUGUGGUAAGCAUAGUGUGUACUGCGUGAUGUGUUGGAAUCAGUUGUUUGAAAAGCAACGCCCAUACGUCCAUGUAUCUUGUCCGUAUUUUGCAUUGUGCUAUCUGUACUGCGUUAUCCAUUGAAAUUUUAUAUGCUUCAGGUAGCAAUUGAAAUGGAUGGCACAUACAAUACGCACAAGGGUUUUUUUGUGUGAAACUGAAAGAAACGAUGUAGUGGUGGGGUAAAAAGAUUCACAUUUGGUUGACUUUCAAACGAAGCAGUUUAUGUGUGAAUCGUAUUGAAACAAACUAGGGCCUGCCUCAAUUUUAAUUUUCAAAUCUUCCAUUGAUAAAACAUCGAAUUUUGUAUUAUAUUGAGAAGUUAAAUCUUGUCAACGUUUGUUUCGUAAAAUUGUACUUUGGCAAAGCUGAUCUAAAUUUGAUUGAGACUUGAUUUUUCUACUCGCAAAAUUGCUGCGUGCUCUCUGUUGAGCACUUACGUCUGUCAAGUGUGCAGAGAAAUACGUAAUUUUCAGAGUACAUGUAUGCACCACGGAUCGGAUACGCAACUGGUGAAGCACAGUGCAAUACGCACUGGAUCGAAAACGGACAUGGAUUUUCGGCCUGUCACAUCGCACGUCGCAUCUCAAGUGGCAUUGCAAGUCACAUUGGAAAUGAUAUUACAAGUCGCAUCCAAAGUCACAGCCAAAGUCGCAUUGCAAAGUUGCAUCGCAAGUGGCUUCACAAGACACACUGCAGAUCACAUCAGUUACAAGUCGCAUUGCAAGCCGCAAGUCCAGCAACAAGUUACUCAGUUAAUAAUUGUGUAAAAGUCAUUCCUUUGUUAUUCUGCAUCCCCUGUUUCUUUCUUGUAAACUGAGUUGUGAUUUGACUUAUGAUUGACCUAAAGGUAUAGUCCAUCAUUUGUAAUUUGUGCAUUUUGUUCGUUUGAAUUACUGGUCAUGUUGCUUGAGAGAAUGGCAAUGUUCACCAUCAUCGAAACAUUUUUAAAAAGGGCCGAAAACCCACAGAUGAUUUUUUUCAAGCCACCUGGCAUUAUUCGAUUUAAGGAAACAUUCUGUGGUUGGGAACAUUGAGCUGAGUGAGAAAUUGCUACAGAUUGCUGCAUAGUAUGGAAAUUCAGUGAUAAUAUGUUAUAAUUAUUCCAGCUGAACAAGUUUAAAGUUUUAUGUUCAAGUAGUUUUAAUUGAAAUACAGGUGUAUUGCAAAAACAUGCAAAGGCACAGAUUUGUAUAUAUAAAAGUUAAUUCAAAAGAGCAAAGAAUGGCAUUGUUUUGCAAUGCGCUUAAUUGCAUUUUGAAAAAAAUAUUUAAACUACAUUGAAUGGAAUUAGCGGAGUACAAAAUGGGUAUUUGUAAGGAAACUAACAUGGCUUUAAGGCUUGUCUUCCAUAUAUGACUUGAAUCUGUUUAAGUGUUUGUGUUUAGUAUACCUGUAUGUACUUUAGUCGAUUUUCGCAUGUUACAUUUGAGUAUCACAUCAGACUGGAAAAACCUCAAAUCCAGGAGGAUGCACCAGACUUGUUAUAGGAACGCAUGGCUUGUUCAUAUAAGCAGCUUUUACUAAACUCCUGUUUUUAAAAAACAAGUACUUGGCACAGUGUUUUGCAUUUGAGAGCUGUAACGUGACCUGAGCCAAUGGUUUCUAGCAAGUUUAGGGAACCGCCAACAUAGGGCUGGAUAGCUGAGUUGGUAGAGCGCUGGAACGGCAAUCCAGAGGUCUCAGGUUUAAACCUAGCUCCAGUCAAUUUCUUUGUUCAACUUUGAAAAUAUUUUUAUAAUUAAUGCACCUAAGUAGUGUCCCUUUGUGGUUUAUUCGAAAGUUUGGGAGUUGUUUUUCUCAGGACUCCCGCACUUUGGGGAAUGGGGGAUGAAUAAAAAAGCACACAUUUUCCCCCAACUCCCUGCACAUGUUUGAGAGUCAGAGUAGCGCCCUCUAGUGGUGAAAUAUACCAUGACGGCAAGAAAUGCUUUGUUGAAAUUCCAUUAUUGUAACUGAUAAAAAUAUUGGCUCAUCACGCUAAAAUAUUUAUGCAGCAUCGUAACCAAAAUUUAGUGUAGUGGUUUUUGUGAUACAUGUAUAUCAGUAAAAGUGGUAUUUGCAAUUGGCCUUUGAAAAUUACAAAAGAUGAACAAUUUAUUAAACUUUAAUUAUACAUUUGCAGAUCAGUGCGUGCUUAAAUGCUUUCACAAUGUCAAACCAAAUGUGGCCGUGCUGUUUAGUGGGAACAUCUUUUCUGUAUAUCUUGAAAAAAAAAAAUGCCUUAAUGACUAUAUGAACAGUUAAACAGUUUUCGAUAUUCAUUCUGUACUCAAUUUAUAAAACCAAGACUAGACGUGCCUAGCCCAGCAGCUUUAGGUUUAGGUAGUUUAGAACAUUAUUUAUACUCGGUGAUAUAAGUAAUGUUCUCAGUCAGUUGGACGUUGGGCUGGCCCUACAGGUCCGACAAAAACCACUAUUGGACUCGAUUAUGCGUUGAACAGUAUACAAAUAAUGAAUGCUUAUGAGUGCAAUGGUAAGAAUAAUUUCAUUUCGUGAUUGAUGGAGUGUUCCAUUCGAUGAGGUGAAGCCGAGUGGAAUGGAACAUUCCAUCUGUCACUGAAUGAAAUUAGUCUUUCAUUCCACGAUGUGAAACAUUCAUUAUUUCUUUUGUACAACACCUGAAUAAAUCCCCGUCAUCUGAUUGGUCAGAUCCACCAAUUGUGUGACCUUGCAAUGGAACUUCUGUUUAUGGUGGAAUAGAACUUCUAUUUUUGCGGCGCAAUCGUGCAGUGAGUUUGGGACGAAUAAUUCAAUGACAUGUGAUUAACGACCCACCAAUCAGAUAACAGGGAUUUAUUCAGGUGUUGUGUAAUUGUUAAUAAAUGGCAGUGAAUAGGGAAUGGUACUCAUUGAUACUUUCAAGUCGCAUCACCCGUGCUCUUCAACAGAUUGGAUUUUAUUUUCUCUGAAUAAAUUUUCAACUUGUAUGUUUUAUACCAACCCCCC